GUCCCGCCCCCGCCUCCCGCCGGCUCGGCUUCGGGUUGACACGGGGCUUAGCCGGGCAGGGCGGAGGGCAGCGAGUUAGCCCGCGGCCGGGUGGCGGCGGCGGCCUGAGCGCGACUUAUUUACAAGCCCAGCUACUACUGCUGAAGAUGCGUUGGGAGAGUGGCUGCUGAAAUUGACCUUCACCGACCCGAGACAGUUGUAUUUGUUUCUCUUACUUGUUUAUCCCACUGCUUUGAGUUUUACUGCAACGGCUGAGAAACUUGAAAAAUAAAAUAACAUGCUGUGGUCUUGAACCUUCUUUCUGAGGAAAUACUGACGUGCCCGAGUGAAAAGCCAGAAUGGCAGCCAGAGAGAGGCUCUUUGAACUUUGGAUGCUUUAUUGUACAAAGGUGCGAAAGCAUUGCUUUUCUGACAGAUAAUAUUGUGAUGAUCUUCUAAUUUCAGAAAGAUCCAGAUUACCUGAGACUGUGGUUGGACAAUUUUGUUUUAAGUUAUGAACAAUUUUUAGAUGUUGACUUUGAAAAGCUUCCUACCAGGGUAGAUGAUAUGCCUCCAGGAAUAUCUUUGCUUCCUGAUAAUAUUCUUCAGGUUCUGAGGAUCCAGCUGUUACAUUGUGUUCAGAAAACAGCAGAUGGGUUAGAGGAACAGCAACAAGCAUUGUCAAUUUUGCUCGUCAAAUUCUUUAUUAUUCUUUGCAGGAAUUUAUCAAAUGUAGAAGAAAUUGGGACUUGCUCCUAUAUUAAUCACGUUAUUACCAUGACAACAUUGUAUAUUCAGCAAUUAAAAAGCAAAAAAAAGGAAAAGGAAAUGGCUGAUCAGACAUCUAUUGAAGAAUUUGUGAUCCAUGCAUUGGCAUUCUGUGAAAGUUUAUAUGAUCCAUAUAGAAAUUGGAGACAUAGAAUUUCAGGACGAAUCCUUAGUUCCGUGGAAAAGAGCAGACAGAAAUACAAGCCAGCUUCUCUCACAGUGGAGUUCGUUCCUUUCUUUUAUCAAUGUUUUCAGGAAAGUGAACAUCUCAAGGAAAGUCUUAAGUGUUGCUUAUUGCAUCUCUUUGGAGCCAUUGUAGCCGGUGGGCAGAGGAAUGCUUUGCAAGCAAUUUCUCCAGCCACCAUGGAAGUUCUCAUGCGAGUUUUGUCUGAUUGUGAUUCAUGGGAGGAAGGAGAUCCCGAGGAAGUGGGUAGGAAAAGAGAACUAACCCUGAAAUGCCUGACACAAGUUGUACAUAUCCUUCUUACUAGCAGUUCUGACCAGCGUCAGGUGGAAACCAGUACCGUACUGGAGAACUAUUUUAAAUUGCUCAAUUCAGAUCACUCAGCUUUACCCAAACAGAGGAAGUCCAUGCGGUGGGAAAGCCAGUUCAUAGCUCUGCAGAUUAAGAUGCUCAAUACCAUCACAGCCAUGUUAGACUGCGCAGACAGGCCUGUUCUUCAGGCCAUUUUCCUUAAUAGUAAUUGCUUUGAACAUCUCAUACGACUUCUACAGAACUGCAAGCUAUUUUUAAAUGCUCACAGUAUGGUGGCAGACAAGAACGAGAAAGACCUUGCCAACCAAUUACUGACAGAGAUAAGUGAGGACCAGGUAUUUCAGGGGCGGUUAGAUUCUUUGGCUGUAUCAACAAUUCAAGCUUUGACAGCGGUGAUGAAGAAUUCUCCAGCUGCUAAGGAAGUAUUUAAAGAAAGAAUUGGCUAUAUGCACAUGUUUGAGGUAUUAAAAUCUUUGGGUCAGCCAUCACUAGAACUGCUUAAAGAACUUAUGAAUAUGGCUGUAGAAGGUGAUCAUACUUCAGUUGGUAUUUUGGGCAUUAGUAAUGUCCAUCCUCUCUUGGUUCUUAUCCAGUGGCUUCCGGAGCUAGAAUCACAUGACCUACAAAUAUUCAUCUCUGAUUGGCUGAAAAAAAUUUGUUGUAUUAAUAAACAGAGCCGAACUAUGUGUGUGAAUGCAAACAUGGGAAUAAGAAUCAUUGAAACCCUUGAAUCCCAUUCUUCCCUACAUCGAACUUGUGCUGAGAACUUGAUAACAAUUCAUGGUUCAUUGGGGAGUCUGUCUGUGAGCUCAGAAGAAAUCCGUCGACUACUACGAUUGCUGAGAGUAGACGAAUCUGAGUUUAUUCACCCGUAUACCAUUCCUGUGACUCGUGCAAUUCUGACAAUGGCACGGAAACUCAAUCUUGAGAGUGCACUGCAGUAUUUCAAUUUGUCACAUAGCAUGGCAGGAAUUUCUGUGCCUGCCAUUCAGAAAUGGCCUGGGUCUGCAUUUUCCUUCUCUGCUUGGUUUUGCUUAGAUCAGGAUCAAUUACCCCUUGACACUGCUAACAAAGGAGGAAAAAGAAAACAAUUAUAUAGUUUUUUUACAGGAAGUGGAAUGGGUUUUGAAGCUUUUAUUACUCACUCAGGUAUGUUGGUUGUGGCAGUGUGCACAAAAAGAGAAUAUGCAACAGUUAUGCUUCCUGACCACAGUUUCUGUGAUUCUCUCUGGCACAACAUAACCAUUGUUCACAUGCCUGGGAAAAGGCCCUUUGGUCAGAGUAUUGUCUAUAUCUAUGACAAUGGACAACAAAAGGUUUCUGCUCCUCUCAGGUUUCCUGCCAUGAAUGAGCCAUUUACUUCCUGUUGUAUUGGUUCAGCUGGGCAAAGAACCACUACUCCUCCACCAUCUCAAAUCCCAGAUCCACCAUUUUCUACUCCCAUAACCCCUCACCGGACAUCAUUUGGUGGAAUAUUGUCAUCGGCCUCCUGGGGUGGAACAAUUGAAAAAUCAAGAUUAAUUACGAAAUUAAUUUCAGCUGGAACUCAAGAUAGUGAAUGGGGUUGCCCCACAUCCUUGGAAGGCCAGCUAGGUUCUGUUACUGUAUUCCAUGAAGCACUCCAGCCUUCACAGGUCAAGGCCUUAUAUUUAGCAGGUCCAAAUUGCUUAAGCCCUUGGAAGUGUCAAGACUAUGAUAUGGCUGGCCUACCAAGUAACAUCCUCCUUCAGUACACAGCAAAGGCUUGUGAAAAUUCAAUUUGCCUUGACUUGUCUACUAAUUGUUUGCAUGGAAGAUUAACAGGAAACAAAGUAGUGAAUUGGGACAUUAAAGACAUCAUCAAUUGUAUAGGUGGGUUAACUGUACUUUUUCCUAUCCUGGAACAAAUAAGCCACUUUAUUGAAGGACAGACUUCUGAAGGAAGGAAUGAAAACACAGUUCCUGAAUUAAUAACACCAAUUGAACAGGAAUGUAUGGCAUUGUCCUCCACAAAGGCAUCAGAGUCAAGACUAGAGAAAAAUCUAGUUGCAACAUUUAUCUUGAUUGUGAAGCACUUUAUUCAGAGGCAUCCUAUCAACCAGGACAAUCUUAUUCAGUCCCAUGGGGUUGCAACUCUUGGUGCCUUACUUCAAAAGGUACCAGGUACCCUAAUGGAUGUUAAUGUAUUGGUGGCAAUUCAAUUACUAAUUGAACAGGUAUCAUUAGAAAAAAACACAUUAUUGCUUCAACAAAUGUAUCAGUAUUUACUCUUUGACUUCUGCAUUUGGAACCGUGGAGAUUUCCCUUUUCGGAUUGGCCAUAUACAGUAUAUUUCAACUAUCAUUAAAGACAGCAGGAGAAUUUUCCGGAAAAAGUACGGUGUGCAGUUUCUCCUAGAUACACUUAGGAUUUAUUAUGGGCAUGGUUGUACAUGUAAUGAGCUUUCUCCAGAAGAUAUUCGAACAAUUAGGACUUCUUUGUAUGGGCUAAUUAAAUAUUUUCUUUGUAAAGGUGGAACUCAUGAGGAAAUACAAAGUAUCAUAGGUUACAUAGCUGCUACUAAUGAAGAAGAACAGCUUGUUGGAAUUUUGGAUAUACUCUUCAGUCUUCUUCGAACCAGCCCAACUAGAGGUCAGCUUUUCUCACUGAUGUUUGAACCAGGAAAUGCUGAUAUACUGUAUGCUUUGCUACUAAAUCAGAAGUACUCUGACAAACUAAGAGAAAUCAUUUUUAAGGUUAUAGAGCAGAUGUUAAAAUGCACCAGUGUUUAUGAACGUAGUAAACACCGCAUCCGUCUUAGAGAAGUUGGCUAUUCAGGAAUUGGACUCCUCCUUAAUGAAGUUCCAGUUAAUAUGUCUCUCAUUAAAAACCUUGUCAAUCAAAUCAUUAAUGCAGAUCCUGUUAUCAAUUUCAAAGAUCUGUUAUCUGUAAUAUAUAUCUCUCACAGAACACACGUAAAUGUCAGAAUGGUCCUCUGUAGAAAGAUAUUACAGAUUUUGCAGUCCCAACCAGAUGCAGCAUACCAGAUAGCACAACAAGUGGGUUGGCAAGAUACCUUUGUUAGACUUCUCUUAAAAGCAAACUUUGAAAAUGUAAAUUCUCUUCAUAAACAUGGAAAGGCUGUUUCAUUGAAAGAAAAUAAAAAUAUGUCAGCUGAAAAGCUAGAUGAUGAGAAAAUGACAUUACCUGAUGUAUCUUCAGAUCAUUGGAGUUUGGAAGACAGUCAGUCCCUGAACUCAAACACACCAUUAUUUCAAGAAGUAAACUCUGAAGUAGAAUUAUCUUUCAAGUCAGAAAAUGAAGAAGAAUUCUGGCAUAGUAACACUUCCCAUCUGAGUUUAGAUCUCAGUGGAACUGACUCAUGUGAACUGAGUGAGUGUGGAAGUCAAAUGCCAGACAGUUCACCUAGUACACCAUCCCCAGUGGAGUCUACUAAGUCGUUUUCUGUGCCGUCUGACAGAGAAAGGAGUUUCACAAAUGAAAUGGACUUCAGUGAUGACUUUGCUUUCCUUGAAAGCCAAGAGGAAUGUGAAGAGGAGCUUCUUCAGUUGGUUACAAAUAUUUUGAAUUACAUCAUGUGUAAAGGACUAGAAAAGUCUGAUGAAGACACUUGGAUUGAAAGAGGACAAGUGUUUUCAGCAUUAACUAAACCAGGAAUAUCAAGUGAACUACUUCGACCAUCAGAUGAAGUAAAACUAACUUUGCUACAGAAGAUGUUAGAAUGGGCAGUCACAGAACACAGAGAUGCAAAAAGUAGUCCUGUAACUGCUGAAAAUGCUUUCCGACUCCUGCUGAUCAUACAGGACUUCCUGCAGUCAGAAGGGCUGGUUAAUUCCAACAUGUGGACUGAGAAGCUUUUAGAAGACACCACACAGCUCCUCGACUGUCUGUCAGCGUGGUACUCUGAGAGUCCAGGGUGGGCAAAACUCUCUCAGAUACAGAUCUGGUUGCUUCUGGAGUUCAUUGGAAGAGGCAGUUUGCAGGUUUGUGCAAUAGCAUCAGCUAAGCUAAAUGCCCUUCUUCAGACUAAAGUGAUUGAAAAUCAAAAUGAAGCAUGCUACAUUUUAGGGAAACUAGAACAUAUUCUAAGUCGGUCAAUCAAGGAACAGACAGAAAUCUAUUCAUUUCUGAUUCCUCUUUUCCGUACUCUUGUUUCUAAAAUUUAUGAGCUUCUUUUCAUGAACUUGCACCUGCCUUCUUUGCCUUUUACUGAUGGAAGUACUUCAUUUUUUGAAGAUUUUCAAGAAUACUGCAGUUCAGAUGAAUGGAAAGUUUACAUUGAAAAAUACAUUAUACCUUACAUGAAGCAGUAUGAAACACAUACAUUUUAUGAUGGUCAUGAGAACAUGGCACUUUACUGGAAGAAUUGCUAUGAAGCCUUAAUGGUGAAUAUGCAUAAAAGAGACCGAGAGGGAGGAGAAAGUAAAUUGAAAUUUCAGGAGUAUUUUGUGGAGCCAUUUAAUCAAAAAGCACGUCAAGAGAACUUGAGGUACAAUAAUAUGAUUAAACAACUUAGCAGUCAACAGUUGGCCACUUUUAGAUGGUGGAAGGCAAUUAGACUUUAUCUUACAUGUGAAAGGGGCCCUUGGGCUAAAAGGAAACAGAAUCGAAUUCAUUGGAAACUGGCUAAUGUAGAAAAUUAUUCCCGCAUGAGACUUAAACUGGUACCCAAUUAUAAUUUCAAUAACCAUGAGGAUGCUAGUGCCUUAAGAGAUAAUUUAGGUGUCCAACACUUGCAGCCUUCUAGUGACUCUUUGCUUUUGGAAGUAGUGAAACAAGUUAAACUUAGUGAUGUGGAGGAAGAUAAACUAGAACUUCUGGAAGAGGACAUGGUAGCCAGAGUAAAUAUUGAUGAGAAGGAAGAACAGGAUCAGAAGGAAAAAUUGGUGUUGACUGAAGACUGUGAACUCAUUACAGUAAUCAACAUAAUUCCUGGCAGAUUAGAAAUCACUACUCAACACAUUUACUUCCAUGAUAACAGUAUUGAAAAAGAAGAUGGAAUAGGCUUUGAUUUUAAGUGGCCUCAUUCUCAAAUUCGAGAGAUUCACUUACGUCGUUACAACUUAAGGAGAUCAGCACUUGAGAUAUUUCAUAUUGAUCAAUCUAACUACUUUCUCAAUUUCAAAAAAGAGGUUAGAAACAAAGUAUAUAGCAGCCUGUUGUCACUUCAUUCUGCUAAUAGUUAUGGAGCAAGAUCACCACAAGAAUUGUUCAAAGCAUCAGGAUUGACACAGAAAUGGGUGAAUCGAGAGAUAACAAACUUUGACUACCUCAUUCAAAUAAACACAAUGGCAGGACGAACCUAUAAUGACCUGGCACAGUACCCUGUAUUUCCCUGGAUUUUGCAAGAUUAUACUUCAGAAGAGUUGGACCUUAAUAACCCCACUGUAUUUCGAGAUCUUUCUAAACCAAUUGGAGUAGUUAAUGAAAAAAAUGUGAAAGCUAUGCAAGAAAAGUAUGAAACUUUUGAGGAUCCAAUGGGAACGAUUGAUAAGUUUCAUUAUGGUACUCACUAUUCAAAUUCUGCAGGUGUCAUGCACUAUCUUAUCCGUGUAGAACCAUUUACUACCCUCCACAUCCAGCUUCAGAGUGGAAGAUUUGACUGUGCAGACCGGCAGUUCCAUUCCAUCCCUGCUACCUGGCAAGCUCUUAUGGAUAACACAUAUGAUGUAAAAGAACUCAUUCCUGAAUUCUUCUAUUUCCCUGAGUUUUUAGAAAAUCAAAAUGAAUUUAAUCUGGGUCACCUACAAGUUUCUCAAGAAUUGGUAAAUGAUGUCAUUCUUCCAAGAUGGGCUAAGUCAGCUGAAGAUUUUAUUUAUAAACACAGAAAAGCUCUGGAGUCUGAAUAUGUUUCUGCUCAUCUUCAUGAAUGGAUAGACCUGAUUUUUGGCUACAAACAAAGAGGACCAGCUGCAGUAGAGGCACUCAAUGUCUUCUAUUACUGUAGUUAUGAAGGUGCUGUAGAUCUUGAUGCCUUAACAGAUGAAAAGGAAAGAAAAGCCUUAGAAGGGAUGAUUAACAAUUUUGGACAAACACCUUGUCAGCUGUUAAAGGAACCACACCCUCCAAGAUUAUCAGCAGAAGAAGCCAUACAAAAGCAAACCAAAACAGAAAUCUCAACCCUAAACCUCUUUCAGCACCUCUCUGAAUUGAAGUCAUUUUUUAUAGAGGGAAUUAGUGAUGGUAUUCCUCUAUUAAAGGCCAUCAUCCCCCAAAAUCAAUCUCGUUCUUUUAUGUCUCAAGGCAGCCCUGAGUUACUGAUAACAGUAAGCAUUAAUUAUGUUAUUGGAACCCAUGGAUGGCUACCUUAUGACAGAAAUAUUUCUAACUACUUCACAUUCAUCAAGGAUCAAACUGUGACUAACCCAAAAGCUCAGCGAACUGUGACUGGUCCUUUUGCUCCAGGGCUGGAAAUCACUUCCAAGCUGUUUGUAGUGUCACAUGAUGCAAAGUUGCUCUUCAGUGCUGGACACUGGGAUAAUAGUAUCCAAGUAACAUCACUUACCAAAGGCAAAAUUGUCUCACAUAACAUCCGACAUAUAGAUAUUGUGACUUGCUUAGCUACAGAUUACUGUGGAAUACAUUUGAUUUCUGGUUCCAGGGAUACUACAUGUAUGAUAUGGCAGAUAACACAACAGGGAGGCACUGCUGUGGGCUUAGCAUCAAAACCUUUUCAGAUUCUCUAUGGACACACUGAUGAGAUAUUGAGUGUGGGCAUCAGCACUGAACUUGACAUGGCAGUAUCAGGAUCAAGGGAUGGUACUGUGAUUAUACAUACCAUUCAGAAAGGUCAAUACAUGAGGACUUUGCGGCCACCUUGUGAGAGUUCCUUGUCCCUGACCAUUCCCAGUUUGGCUGUCUCUUGGGAAGGACACAUUGUCAUCUAUUCCAGCUUGGAGGAGAAGCCCACUCUCAAGGAUAAGAACAUGUUACAUGUGUUUUCUGUAAAUGGAAGGCAUCUGGGGUCUCAAGUCCUGAAUGAGCAAAUAUCAGACAUGUGCGUAAUCGGGGAGCACGUAAUCACUGGCAGCGUACAAGGGCUCCUGUCUAUAAGAGAACUUCACAGUUUGAAUCUCAGCAUCACUCCAUUAGCCAUGCGAUUACCUAUCUACUGUGUUUCCGUAACCAAAGAAUACAGCCACAUUCUUGUAGGCUUAGAAGAUGGCAAAUUGAUUGUAGUAGGUGUUGGCAAGCCAGCCGAGAUGCGUUCGGGUCAGCUUUCUCGAAAAUUGUGGGGAUCUAGCAAGCGACUCAGCCAGAUUUCAGCUGGAGAAACUGAAUAUAAUACUCAAGAUUUCAAGUGAUUGUUAUUCCCACCCCCUGUGAUGGAAAACCAGACUCCAGUCCUUGCUUUGUCACCUCUACUCUCUGCUGCAUCUCUCUACUCGCUGGAAGUCUUUAAGGAUUUUAUCUUAAAAAACAUUUAAAGAUUACGACGGUUUGAUAUCUGUAUAUUUGUGAAGAUGUAGGUUGAGUUGUACUUUAUGGCACAUCCCUGUAAUGCUAUUUAAGAGGCUGAGGCAGGUAGAUCUUAAGUUCAAGGUCAGCCUGGGCUACAUAGCAAGACCUUGCCACAAAAUUAAGUAAAUAAAUAAAGAAUAAAAAUACAGUUGUAGGUUCUAUUAAAUCAAUUUUAAAAGUUUCAUCAGCAAUGAGUCUAGUUUUGUUAACCAGUACUAAAGUUGAAUUGAGAAAAUAUAUUUGAUUCAAUUUGGUAAUCCAUUCCUAAAUCAUUAAAUCCAAUUUUUAAAAAACAAACUUCUAAUAUUAUAUACUUAGAUUGAAUUCCCUUAAUCUAAGCAAAAUUUAAGACAUUUCUGAUAAAGUAGCAUAGAUGAUGGAGAGUUGAGAGAUGUGGCUUUUCAUGUAUCCUUAGAUAAUCAUUUUUCUUUUUACUGACCAUUACAUUAAAAGCAUAACCUUUUAGGCAUUUUUUGUACAAUUGAGUUUUCAAAAAUUGCAGGUCUGCACAAUUGGAUUAAAUACAAAUAUUGAAAUAAACACUGGUUUAUUUCCUUACCCCUACCUUUAAUAUAUUUGUAAUAAAAAUUUAUUAAAUUGCAUUAUUCUUAAGUAACAAAAGUUGAAUAUGAAAAACUAGAGAUAAUUUUUACAAAUGUAAUUCAUUAACAGUAUAUUUAAGCAAAAAUGCUAACUGUGGCUUUGGUCAGCUGGUCCUUUGAGUAACAUUUGCAGCACAAUUUACAUGUGUGAAAUUCAAAAUUUUGUGAAUUUGUCUUUGUUAAGCAAAAACUGUACUCUCUAUGUGGUUAAUCCUUUCUAUCCUGAUGAUCAUGAGUUGUCAGUGAUGUUCCAAGAGGUCGUGAAAGAUGGAGUAACACUGCAUAAUUCAGAGUAGCCGUUUAGAUAAAGUAGUAUCUUUUAUUGCAUGUUAUGUACAACUGUUUGGAUGAUAGGUAUUUUGUUUCAGUUCGUUAAAUAUUACAUUAUGUCUAAUUUUUUAAGUAAAAAAGUUGAUUGAUUUAAUUUGGAAUUCAAAGUAAUUGUUAUUUGUUUUUGUAAAAUUGACUUUUGAGUUAUCAGGUUAGAGAAGUUUUACAACUACAGGUAUUGGAAUCUGAGAUUCCACAGGCUUUGGGAAGAUUGGUGAAUCUCUGAAGUUGUACAGAAAUUUAUAUAUGGAGUCUAUUUUCGGGAAAGAAUUAUUGCAUUAUUUUUCUUAAAAUGAUCUGUGGGCAACAACAGAUGAUUUUACAAUGGUAGCCUUUCAAAAUUAUAUUCUCUCUUAUUCUGCUGACCAUACAUUUCCUUAUACCUGAUUGUCUUUUCAGUUGAAUCCUGAAGAAAUCUUGAUUUUUCAUUUUCCCUCUCCUGUUGACCACAGUAUCCUAUGGUCUUUUCUUUAUAAUCCCAUAAAUAAGUUUUUAAAAAUUUAGAUGUAAAAGACUAUGUUUAGGAAAAUUUUCCAAUAUUUUGAUUUGUUGUCAUUCAGGAUUAGUAAAACACUGUAAAAUCACUGUUUAAUAAGUUAAAAUUGGCUGAUUCGGGGGAAAAAUAGCUUCAAAUGGCACUGAUAUCACCUGGUAGAAAAGUAGAAUUUGUGUAGAUGUGAUGAUUUCCUUUUUGAAAGACUUCGGGAAUUUGUUGGAAGUCUCAGGAGUCAACAGAGAUGAUUAUGGUAUAGGAAACAUUUCUUCUUUCCAUUUCUGCUCCCCCCAGUUUCCAGGUCCUACAGCAUGAUGCCGUCGGGACCAUCUGUUCAUAAAAAUGUAAGGGAGUUCAUGUCAGAACCAACAUGAUUGGGUGAUUUUUUUCUUAUUGUUGGGUUUAUUUUUAUUUAUAUAUUUUAUUUGGGGGUUUUGUUUUGUUUUCUUCAAGACACAGGGUUUCUCUGUUUAGUUUUGACUGUCCUGGAACUCACUCUGUAGAUCAGAUUGGCCUUACACUCAAAAAGACCCGCCUGCCUCUGCUGCCUCCCAAAUACUGGGAUUAAAGGCGUGUGCCACCACUGCCAGGCAAUGACUGGUUAUCAGUCCGUAGUAGAAUGCUUGCCUAUAUUGUUCAAGAUCCUGGGUUUACUCCCUAGCAUCUGUGAAAGAGACAGAAAAAACAAAGACAGGUACUAAAUGACUCUAAAUCAAGACUUGGUAAGGGUUUCUUCUGGCACUUUAUCCACACAUGCUACUUUAAUGGCACAUAAACAAGAAGCUGUGUUCAGUUUUAUAUAGGUCUGGCCCGUGUACCAAUCAAUGUUGGAUGUUAAAGGAGAAUUAUUCCUUUUAAUUAUUUUGAGGUUUAGAAAAUACUAACUCUAUUUUUGAAGAAUGAACUUUUUGUUUUGUUGUUGUUGUUUGUUUGUUUGUAUUUCAAGACAGGGUUUCUCUGUAUAGCCCUGAAACUCACUCUGUAGACCAGGCUGUAUUCGAACUCAGAGUUCUGCCUGAUUCUGCUUCUUGAUUAAAGGUGUGGCUCCCACCACCCAGCCAAGAAUGAACUUUUGUAUUAAUUAAAAUAAGCAAAUCUAGUGGAGCUGUUACCUGAGUUAAUAUAUUCCUCACGUAAGCAGUAGAGCCAUGAAAUUAAAAGUCAGUAGAUAAUAUCACUAGAAAGAUGCACUUUUACUGUGGAGUGUAGCUGUUAUCCAUAGAAACUUUCAUUAUGUAUAGUGGAAGAAAUUAUUAGAAUGGAUUGAUAGCUGGAUAUUUUAGUUAAUGAGUAUAAAGUCUCAUCUUGGCUGCUGUUGGUGUCAGUUCCUCUUUUCAGGACUUUUCAUCUGCUUUUGUUUCUUGAUAGUAAUGAUGAAUAUUAAAAUCUCAGUGUCCUGGUAAUAAGAGAUUUAUACUAAGUUAAUGUUCUUUAUUUUGGGAAGUGAGGUCAGAAGUUGUUUUGCUGUUGUUGGUGGUGGCAGUGUGUUAUGUGUGUGCACAUUUAUACAAUUUGCUAUAUGUACUUAGAGAAUAAAACACUGUAAUAUAUAACUUCCCCCAGUCAGUAUUCUGUUGUUGUAAAAUUGAAGGAAAAGAAGAACAAAUCAGAGCAUGAAGUCAAGGAACUGCAAAAAUAAAGAUUAGCACUAACUUUGUAGCCAGUGUUGCCUGUGACAGAAGUUUCUGUUAAUUUCCCUUGGUCACAGCUCACCCUUCUGUGGGAGAAGAGUGUGUGCCGAGUCCGAAGUCCAGGUUCUCUGUUUCCUUGUGAUACACACGGCACUAUUCUUCACAGCACUGACCGAAAUACUGCAUACUACUAAAGUACGCCCACAAAAUUAGAAUUUAGACUUGAAGACUGACUCGUAAUCCUAGCUUCUUUAUAUUUCUUUUGAAAUAUACUAAGAAAGUGAAACCGAGUGCCAGUUUUUUGCUUAGUGUUGAUAGAGGCAUGGCAUUUACCUGUAAGUAUAACAUUUUUACUAAAGAUAUCUCUAAGGAAAGCUUUAAUUGAAUUUUGAGAUGUCAGUUCUUUUAAAAUAUGUUUAUAAAGUAAAUAGCAUCAUCUUUGCCUCCUUUUCAUUAAAAACACGAGACAUUUACUGUAUUUAAUAUGAACAAGGUAUUAAAUGUAUAUUACCCUAUAUCUGGGAUGUGUGUCUGAAGGUGUUCUCACUUCUCACAUUGCUAAACCUAUUUGCUUAGCCCUAUCUUUACACUUUUUGAGUGACAUGUACAAAAUGAGAUGUAUUAUUUUUACUUGCUAAUCUGUUUUCAUUUUUCAUCUGACCCAAGCCCUGAUGUAAGUGUUCUGUCUCUAACAGAAGCUGUUCUCUCCCCAUUAAGUGAGCACUCAGAGACAUCUACCACUGGCACCAAAUACUCAUUCUUGGUACUUUUUCCUAAUUUGUGUGUGUGUGUGUGUGUGUGUGUGUGUGUCAUGUACUUAACAUUUUGUUUGUUUUAGAUGAUCCCAUAUAAACAUUGUUCUGAAAAUUUUCCUCGAAGUGCUUUUUCUGAUGACAUUAGGCAACAAUACAACGCUGUCAGGCUUUACUAUUACUUACUGCUUACAUAAUUUAAAUAUAGCAUUUUCUAUAUUUAAUUAUAUAAUUAUAGUGCCACUAAUUAUUCCCAACACCAGCCAGUGUCUUUGUUUCAUAUGGACAGAACCACUGUAUUUCCUUUUCAUUAUUAAAAAGUUCAUUAAUUUUAUCAUGAGCUCUUACACCUUUCAUAUUUGAUAGUCAUAAUUUACAAUUACCUCCAAUAAUAUUGUCUGCUUGCUAUUAAUAUUUCUUAACUCAAUAUUUUCCACACCAGUAUUUCGACAAAAAGUGCAAAUUUUUUUUCCAGUAUUGGGGAGUGAACUCAGGGCCUCACGCAUGUUAGGCAAGAAUAAAAAGCAUUAGUAAUCAGUGCUAAAAGAAAAACAGAAUCAGAUAUCUUAUAGCAUUGAAGUUAUAAUGAGUUCUCCCACUAUGAAAGCAUUGAAUAAAUCCUCCUAAAUACUUUUGAUGAUGUUUGCAGGUAUGCCUCUGUAUGGAAUAUUCUUUAAUUUUUUCAUAGGUUUUAGAAGUUAGAACUGAUAGAGCAUUAACAUUUGAGAGAUUUAGGCUAGGGAUAUAUCUUAGUGAUGGAACAUUUUCAUUUGAAGUCCUGGGUUUGGCGUGGGAUUCUUUGCUCCACUGAGACAGUAGAGAGCCUCACACAUAGAGUUCUACCUCUGAACUCAGCACCUCAGCUCACAGAGUGGUUCCUAAUUUCUGUAGGAUUCAUCAGUAGGCUAUGCCUCAGUAACACUUGUGACUUUCACGGGUUCAAUCAAUCCCAGCUCUCAAAAAUUAUAAAUAUAUGUAUGUACAUAUAAUGUAUAUAAAUGAAUUUGUGCCUAAAUUGCAGAUACAUUUUUAUUUCUUGAAAAUCAUGUGACCAUUGUAGAAUAUAGGAUUUAUAUCUCUGCUUUUUGGUUACCAUGAAGUAUAAUAUAUGAAAAUUAUGUGGUUUCAUUUAUUAUAAAAAACCUUAUAUAAAAAUAGCCACAUUAGGGGCUGGAGAGAUGGCUCAGAGGUUAAGAGCACUGCCUGCUCUUCCAAAGGUCCCAAUUCCCAGCAACCACAUGGUGGCUCACAACCAUCUGUAAUGGGGUCUGGUGCCCUCUUCUGGCCUGCAGGCAUACACACAGACAGAAUAUUGUAUACAUAAUAAAUAUUUUUAAAAAAUAGCCACAUUAACAACUUAAGUUUUUUUGGCCAUAGUUAUUCACUAGACACAUUUUUUUUAGACUAGUAUCUUUACUGACACAACACAGAAGUGGUUUUUAAACACAUUGCAAGACUUGGACACAUGAAGAUAAUUCUUUUUGUGUCAAAAAGACAAAUUCAGAGGCAUAUAUCUUUCCCUAAUGCACAGAGCAAGUUGAAAGUCACUGAUUUCAGUAUUCUUUUGUCUAUGAUACAGUUUUCUUGUUAACCUGGAAAAUACAAACCUUGCAUAAAUUAACAUAAGAGUGGCCAAAUUUCAUCAUUUUGAAAAAUUAGGCAAAGUGGUACACGCACAUGGUUCCAAUUUCUUGGGAGAAGGAGAUGGAAGGACUGCCUGAGCUGGGAAGUUCAAGACCAGCCUGGACAAUGCAGUUAGCCUUCAUUUCAAAAGAAAGUAAAUAAUUUUAAUUAAUGUUACAAAGGUGACUGUUAAAGAAGUGCUGCUGCUGUGUAUUUCCUUUUAUAAUGAUUAUUUUAGUAAUUUAUACUUAUUCAUAAUUAUAAUAGUCACGAAGUGUUUCACUGCUUGAUAGUGCUAUUAUAAAUUAGCAAUGUGACGUGAGACUAAGGACAGUUAGGAUUUAGAUGAGAUUGAAAAGUUUUACUGACUAAAGUACGAACUAUUUUUAAAAGAAGUCUUACAAAGCAGUGGUGGUGCACACCUUUAAUCCCAGCACUCGGGAGGCAGAGGUAGGCAGGCGUUCUCUGUGAAUAAGUCUUUAUUUAAGAUUAUUUAAGUAAUACAUUCUGUUGACAUAUUAAAAUUGCAUGCUUUCUUAUAGUUUAGUCAAGUUCCUUUUUUCUCUUUUCCUUUUUUCCUUUUUUUGUUUGUUUUUUGUUUGGGGGACAGAUUCUUACUGUGUAGUCUUGGCUGGCCUGGAUGUAUCUUUGUCAAUGAGGUUGGUUGCAAACUCAGAGAUCCAUCUGCCUCUGCCUCUCAAGUGCUGAGAUUUUCAAGAAUAGACAUAAUUAUUUUGCUCAAUAGAAGUCAGGGAGAUAACAGUAGUUAAAUUUAAUUGAAAAUAAAUUUGUAUUGUAUUGGAAUUAAAGAAAAAAGAUUUUGGAAGUUUAAAUGUUUUGUUAGGUAAUCCCUAAUGACUUGCAUAUAGUUUUACACUCAUUCCAAGAUUAUGGUAUAUUACAGUAGCUCUAUAUUUUUUUUUUCAAGACAGGGUUUCUCUGUGUAGGUCUGGCUGUCCUGGAACUCACUUUGUAGACCAGCCUGGCCUUGAACUCACAGAGAUCCACCUGCCUCUGCCCCCCAAGUACUGUAACUAAAAGCAUGCGCUGCCACCAGCAGUUUAUCACGACUCUUAUUGCUGGAGACCUUUUACAUUUUGAACAUUUCUUUUUUCUAUUCUCCGUUUUAUUCUCAAAGACUGUGCUUCAUAGAUACCACCAAAAGCAUUUUAUAUGUAGUUGCUGUUACUUAUAGUCAAAUUUACAUAAGAAAACUUUCUAGGAAGCCAUGUGACUUUCUGCUAAAUUCUUUUACAGGAUAAACCUAUCUUUCUCUAUCAGAUUGCUUUUGUACAGUUGGAGACAAAAAAAAUAGCAAAAAAGUAAUCAGAUCUCUAGAUAGCCAUUCUCUAUCAUUCAUUGUUAAAUUAAGACAAAAUUACAAACAUAUUUGAUUAAUUUGACAGUUUUUCUGGGACACAUUAAUUAGAAGCAUUUCUGUUUUAACAGGAUGACAGUCUUUUGAUUACACGAAUAUACACUAACUAGUUCAGAAGGGUUAGCUGAACAGCCAAACUGACUUGUUUAAAAACAAGUUUUUAUACUUCUUACCUGAGUAUGGUAGUGGACCUCUAAUCCUGACAUAGGCUACAGCAGGAGGAUUGCUUCAAGUUUGUGAGCUACCCUGACUAUAGAAUGAAGUCUCCCCCCCCCCCACUCCGUGUGUGUGUGUGUGUGUGUCUGUCUGUCUGUCUGUCUGUCUGUCUCACCAUCACCACCACCUUAGAAAUUGUGCUGCUAGUUACUAUUUAAGGAGUCGUAUUUAUCUUAAAAUGUCCCUUUUCAUUUGUUCACUGGAACUGAUUAAAUGAACAAAAGGAAUAGUAAUAAGCCUCCUUUUAUGUUGAAUUACUGUCUUGCAAACUGUCACUCAUUGGGUAUGAUCUUAUAUGCAAAAAUGGUGGUUCAAAGUUGAGCAAGGUUUAGACUUUUUAAGGAUGUAAAUAACCUUAAUUAGCAUUCUGAUAACCAAAUCAUUGGUGCAAUUCAUUCUGCAUACAUCCAUCUGAAUCUAUAUACAAGAUGUAUUUUGUUUUGUCAUAUAAAUAUUUUUAAGAAUUUCAAUGAAUGUAUAUGAGUUAAUGUUUGAUUUGUUUCUGUAUAGUAUGAUCAAAAAUAGUCGAAAAUUUUGCACUUGGUUAAUCCCUUGGAAAUUUACAUUCUGAUAUUUUUUAAGGAUGUACACUUAUUUUGUACAUAAUAAACUAGCUUUGUAUAUGACAAUGGUUUGAAUCUAAUAAAAAAUGACAUUGUAA